UUGUUGUUUCACUUUAUGAACGGCUCAUACAAGGUCGCAGUACGUGUGCAGGGAACACGAGCAAGAGGGGGAAGGAGCAGCCGAGCUGUGGCAAAUGAACACAGCUGCACUUUGCGUGCCCGGGCAAGGCGAGCGCAGGGAGACCCCGCCGUCGAGUCCGAGGAGCUGAGCCCUGCGCCCGAGGGAGCAGAUGGGGCGGGCUCCGGGACCGGCUCCGGGACCGGCUCCGGGACCGGCUCCGGAGCCACCGCGGCGCCCGGGAUCGCACCCACCGGCUGCCCGGCGUGCGGCUCCCGCGGGCGGUGCCGCCGCCGCUCCGCCCCCGGGCCCGGGAGGAGCCGGGCAAACCCCGCCCGCCGCGGCCCUAAGAUGGCACCGCCGGCAGCGCGGCUGGCGCGGGUUUCCCGCACCGUCUCCUUCAGCGCCUGCCACCGGCUGCACAGUAAAUCAUUGAGCGAUGAAGAAAACCUGAAGCUGUUUGGGAAAUGCAACAAUCCAAAUGGUCAUGGACACAACUAUAAAGUUAUAGUCACUGUGCGUGGAGAGAUUGACCCAGUCUCAGGAAUGGUUAUAAACCUGACAGACCUGAAAGAAUGCAUGCAGGAGGCGAUCAUGGAACCGCUUGACCACAAAAACCUGGAUAAGGAUGUGCCGUACUUUGCUGAGGUGGUGAGCACCACAGAGAACGUUGCGGUGUUCAUCUGGGAAAACCUCAAGAACCUCCUGCCCGUGGGAACUCUCUAUAAAGUCAAAGUGUAUGAAACAGACCAGAACAUUGUUGUUUAUAAAGGAGAAGAAACCAUCUCUGAGAAAUGAAAUGAACUUCAGCUCAGUUAGCUCUGCUGCAGUGGAUUACUGCAGGCCUGCUCGCUCUGUUUCCUGCGCCUAGACAUUGGUUAUAUGUUGCUUAAGGACAAAUACGGAUGUUUCACAAGAAUUCUUGCAGCAAUCUAGCCAUUCGGGUUCUCAGAAUUUGGUGAUUUGUCUGCUUUUUCUCAAGAUGUUCUUGUUUUGCAAACCCAAACCACCAAGCUGAUGUGAAAUUUACAGUUGUGCCAUGGUAAAUAGAGCGGCUUUCCGGAGAGGAGAUGGCCUGGUAAAAUGUAUGUCCAGUCACAAAAAGCUUUGAUUUUUCUCUAAUUAAACAUUGGAUUAAUUUAUGAUUUUUAAUAA